UAACUUGUAGGUGGAGGGCAGGGCAGGUCAGCCUGCUGUAUAAAUGGUGGGGCACAGUUCACAGACACAAAGACACCAACUUUCAAGCAGAUUACUUCUUUCUCACCAUCUUUUAUUUAUAUUAUAAUUACUUGAAAUAAAUUAAAGCUUGGCAAUGCCGCUGCGUUCAUUCCACACCACCAUCGCCAUCACACUAUUUCUAUUUCUAAUUAUUAGUGUAGCGUCGGUUGCCGGCGGCGGUGCUUCGGCGGUGGGAGAUGGCGGAAUGCGGAGAGACGAGCUGAGGGUGGCGUUUGAGGCCUGGAACUUCUGCAAUGAAGUUGGCGCCGAAGCCCCCGCCAUGGGCAGCCCCAGAGCUGCCGAUUGCUUCGAUCUUACUCAAGACACGAGUUCCAUAGUUCACAAGGUGUCCGAAGCGGACAACAGAUUGGGAGUGGGAACGCCAUUCCCCGGUCUGAAGCCGGAGGCUCUGAACAAUCCGGACCUCUACGCGGCGGAGAAGGAGCUCUAUCUCGGCUCCUUAUGCCAAGUUUCCGACAGCCCGACACCGUGGCAGUUUUGGAUGGUAAUGCUGAAGAACGGCAACUACGACGCCAGAUCCGGCCUCUGCCCCGAGAAUGGGAAAAAGGCGCCACCCUUUAAGCCCGGCAGAUUCCCGUGCUUCGGCACUGGCUGUAUGAAUCAGCCCAGCUUGUGCCACCAGCCUACGGCCUUGCACCACCACGCCACCUUCAUGAGGGGCGGAUUCAACGGCACUUACGACACCACUUCCAAUUCCACCAACACUGCUUCCUCCUAUUUUGAAGUUGUGUGGGAGAAGAAACUUGGUAGUGGCAGUUGGGUUUUCAAUCAUAAGCUCAGGACUUCUAGCAAUUAUCCAUGGCUUAUGCUUUACUUGAGAGCUGAUGCCACUAAAGGAUAUUCCGGGGGCUACCACUACGACACACGUGGAAUGCUCAAAAUUGUAAGAAUUCUCAUUUUUUUAUUUUUUUCUAUGUCAAUAAUGAGGUGGUUACGUUGUUAUGUAUCAGAAUCAAUUUCUGGUAAGAUACGAUGCCAUACGCAAACAAGAAUAUUUAGUAGGGCAAUGAUGACGCACGUGACAUGUAUUGAUGAAACAGCUGCCGGAGUCUCCGAAUUUCAAGGUGAAACUGAGUUUGGACAUCAAGAAAGGGGGAGGUCCGAAGAGCCAGUUCUACUUGAUCGACAUAGGGAGCUGCUGGAAAAACAACGGCGCCCCCUGCGACGGCGACGUGGAGACCGACGUCACUCGCUACUCGGAGAUGAUCAUCAACCCAGCAACUGCGGCGUGGUGCAGCCCCACCGACAUCGGCAACUGCCCCCCCUACCACAUCACUCCCGACGACACCAAGAUACUCAGAAACGACACUGCGAAUUUCCCUUACGGCGCCUAUCAUUAUUACUGCGCCCCAGGCAACGCGCAGCACCUCGAGAAGCCAUACAGCACUUGCGAUCCCUACAGCAAUCCGCAAGCGCAGGAGCUCGUGCAGUUGCUUCCUCAUCCCAUCUGGGAAGACUACGGCUACCCUACCAAGCAGGGAGACGGGUGGGUGGGAGACGCGCGUACCUGGGAGCUCGACGUCGGAGGCCUUUCUGGCAGGCUCUACUUCUAUCAGGAUCCAGAUACUGCACCUGCAAGAAGAAUAUGGACCUCUCUUGAUGUGGGGACUGAGAUCUUCGUUAGUAAUCAAGAUGAAGUGGCUGAAUGGACUCUCAGUGAGUUUGAUGUUAUUCUUACUUGAUCCAGAUAAACUGAUCAACAAUAUGUAUCAUAGCAGAGCAACAAAAGAAAUUAGCACUGCACAUCACAUUAUUUAACAAAAAGUAAGCAAAGCAAGCUUGCUUUUCCUCAA